UCUCUGCGACUGCUUAUACGGUGCUUUACGAAAAAACUGAAACUAUGCCACCCAAAGCGAGCGGCAAAGCUGUGAAGAAAGCCGGAAAGGCUCAGAAAAAUAUUAGCAAGACCGACAAGAAAAAGAAGAGGAAGAGGAAGGAGAGCUAUGCUAUCUACAUCUAUAAAGUAUUAAAGCAAGUACAUCCGGACACUGGAAUCUCCAGCAAAGCCAUGAGCAUCAUGAACAGCUUCGUCAACGACGUUUUCGAGCGUAUCGCUGCAGAGGCAUCUCGUUUGGCGCAUUAUAAUAAACGCUCGACGAUUACCUCUCGCGAAAUUCAAACUGCUGUGAGACUCCUGUUACCUGGAGAAUUGGCCAAGCAUGCUGUGAGUGAAGGCACCAAAGCUGUCACCAAGUAUACCAGUUCCAAGUGAACAAUUCCUCUCAAGAUCACAACAACGGCCCUUAUCAGGGCCCCAAAUUUGUUAUACGUUGGACAUUUUCACGCUUUGAACAUACCUUUGAAAAUAGCAAUAUACAGUAUUUUGUGUUUAUUCACAAAGAACCAUAAUCCUCCGACUUAUUUUAUAAACUGCAAAAUUUCUAUAAUUUAAAAAAUCCUUUAGAAAGUAUGAGGGAACACAUUUAUUAUCUAUUAGCUAUUUAGAAAAGAAAAGUUAUUUAAACAUUUACAAUUUUAUAUCAGACUUUAUUUAAAGUCAAAUUCUGCCAGAAUUUAUCAUGGAAAUAAAUAUGCGUAAAAUUAACAAAAUAAAUGUGUUAUAAAAUUAUAAAAUAAAAUUAGAAAGCUUAGUUUUAUUUAAUAUAUUAAUUUAUAUGUGUAUUAUUAAUAUAUAAAAUAUAUUGCGUACAAACUAAAAUU